AGCGCCGCUGUGCAGCCGGGCCGGCCGAUGGCGGAGCCCACGGGAUCCGCGGCCAUGUCUUCCAUCGUCUCCUACGAGAGCCUGGUGCACGCCGUGUCCGGGGCUGUGGGCAGUAUGACUGCAAUGACUGUGUUUUUUCCUUUGGAUACAGCUAGGCUUAGACUUCAGGUUGAUGAGAAGCGGAAGUCUAAGACAACACCAGCAGUCCUAUUGGAAAUAAUUAAAGAAGAAGGCCUGUUGGCACCAUAUCGAGGAUGGUUCCCUGUUAUCUCCAGCCUUUGCUGCUCCAAUUUUGUUUAUUUUUAUACAUUUAAUAGUCUUAAAGCUCUCUGGGUCAAAGGUCAGAAUUCAACCACUGGAAAAGACUUGGUUCUUGGGGUUGUUGCAGGUGUAGUGAACGUCCUAUUGACCACUCCUCUUUGGGUAGUGAACACACGUCUGAAGCUGCAGGGAGCAAAAUUUAGAAAUGAAGACAUUGUACCAACCAAUUAUAAAGGCAUAAUAGAUGCCUUUCAUCAGAUAAUGCGAGAUGAAGGAGUCUUAGCUUUAUGGAAUGGUACUUUCCCUUCCUUGCUGCUGGUCUUCAAUCCUGCCAUACAGUUCAUGUUUUAUGAAGGCUUUAAACGGAAGCUUUUGAAAAAGCAGCUGCAACUCACAUCUUUGGAUGCUUUUGUCAUUGGUGCAAUAGCCAAAGCAGUUGCCACCACCCUCACUUAUCCUCUGCAGACAGUACAGUCAAUUCUGCGGUUUGGACGCCACAGGUUGAACCCAGAGAACCGAACACUAGGCAGUCUUAGAAAUGUUCUUUACCUUCUUCAACAGAGAGUGAGGCGUUUUGGAUUAAUGGGACUCUACAAAGGCCUUGAAGCAAAGCUCCUGCAGACAGUUCUUACUGCUGCUCUUAUGUUUCUAGUGUAUGAGAAACUGACUGCUGCAACCUUCACAGUCAUGGGAUUAAAGCAUUCGCGCAGACAUUGAAAAAGGAACCUAUGCCAAAGAUUAUGGGGUCUAGAAAACACGUUCCAUUUCUGAGGCCAGGCUGGGUAACAAAGGGUCAUCGCUUUCUCUAUUUCUCUUUAGCCACCUCCAUCUCCAUUAUUUGGAGAAAUUUGGAAUACGCUCUGGAAUACAGUCUAUAGGAAUUGUUGCCAUGAAAUCAGGGAUAGCUCAUUCCCUACUCUUCUGUGGACUCACUGUAUUAAGAAACAAAGCAGAGACCUUAUUUAAGCACUUGACGUGAAAUUUUAACUACUAUAUGAUUUAGCUGACAUUCUUGCCAAGAAUGUCAAAUCUCUCACUAUGCUUCCUUGUUUUCCCUCAAAUUAUCCUCAUCUAUUCUUCUAUCUUUACCUUCUAUCAGCAGCUGGUGGGGCUGGUUUCAUAUUAUUUCCUUGACCUGUGUUUAUGUCACUUUAUAUUUGGUUCAUUAAAAUAA